AUGGAAAACAAUUACAUUUUGGAGAUCACCUUAAUAUCCGCCCAAGGACUCAAGAAAACAUCGAAAUUCCGUCGCAUGAAGACGUACGCCCUAGCUUGGACCGAUUCCGCCGUCAAGGUUCGCACAUGCAUUGAUCGCGUCGGCGGUGUAAACCCAACGUGGAACGAUAAGUUCCUCUUCAGGGUUUCAUCGGAGUUUCUUUACCGCGAAACGUCCGGUAUUUCGAUCGAAAUAUUCACCGUCGGUAUCUUCAGCGAUACCCUGGUCGGCACCGUCCGAUUGCUCGUCAGUAACCUUCUCCGUAUCGGUUCGUCGUACAUCCCCGUGAGGGUUCCUUCUUUCAGUGCAGUUCAUGUCCGCCGACCUUCCGGUAGGUUCGAGGGGGCUCUCAACGUUGGCGCUUCGGUUCUUCUGGAUUCAGAUGUCCCGGAAAUGGACGGCGCCACCGGCAUUAACAUCCGAGAUCUAAUCAAAGAGGCACCCAAAUCAAAGAUGGUGAGGAGAUCACAUUCUGUAGUGGGUAUACCUCACGAGAAUCCAUUCCUUCACUGUGAUGAUCAACCGUACAGACGCGAUCCGAUGAAGGAGAUUAGGGAAGUGGAAACAACGAAACAUGCAAGGUCACCAUCAGGUGGUGCCAGAUGGGGUUCUUGCUCAUUCCGGCCCUGUAGUCGUCGAGGAUUUAACAAUCCUCUGAAACAAAAUAAAGUUCUUCUUAGAGCCGCACAAAAUAACGUUGAUAUUUUAUGUUUAUUAGAGACUAGAGUCAAACCAGAAAAAUCCAUGGACAUCAUUGGCAGUAAACUUUCCAACUGGAAUGUCAGUGUUAAUUAUGAGUUUGCUGCUAACGGAAGAAUAUGGGUUCUUUGGAAGAAAAAUCUGGAUUUUACUACUAUUUCUGUUUCUGAUCAAAUCUUAUCUGUCAAAGGAAGCUUCAUGGGGAAUUCUUUUGUCAUCUCAGCAGUUUAUGGAAGCAACGACGACAUCAACUGA